AGCAAGUUCUCUGGGGUUUUUCUACCUAUGUUUGUCACUUAAUCUCUGUUCCAAUUGUCACUGCUUCAGUUGCAGCCUAUGGGAAUCUCAUUUGAUCCUUAGAUUCUGAAAGAGAUCUGUCCCUGUGUCUCCGAGAGAUUCCUCCUACAAUCACCAGCCCUGAAGCUGCUGGCCCUGGUUGCUCAGCCAACAUUCCUGAAUCCUUUAGCCUACGUGGAACCAGAUUCCAGAAGCUCCAGCAUCUUGUGUCCUUCUUCUUGUUGACCGAGGCGAUGACAGAUUUGGAACUUCCGUUCUAAAAGAAGAGGUUAUUGGAGCAUUACAGAAGUCUCUUGAUGAAUUUCAGCCUGGAAUACAGCGAUGAUACAGAAGAAUAUUCUGCGUCUGGCUAUACAGAUGAUUUGGAUGAGAACCAAAAUACGCCCAUCAAUUCCAAACGUAUCAUACUGUCAGCCACACUGAUCGUCUGCUGUAUUGGACUCCCAUUAAAUGGAAUUGUUAUCCAUAUACUUGGUUUCCAGGUUAAGCGAACCCCUUUCAUUGUGUUGAUUCUUAAUUUAGCUGUUGCUGAUUUUGGACUCCUUCUAUCUCUGGCUAUUUUUUCAGUUUCUCUUUUUGCAGAUGAAUCAGACAUGUCUGAGUUAUUCUUUUUUUCUUUCCUCAACAUCAUGUGCAUUACUGGAGUGUUUCUUCUGACAGCCAUCAGCAUUGACCGGUGUGUUUCUGUCCUCUUCCCAAUCUGGCAUCGCUAUUCACGGCCAAAGUAUUUGUCCCCUCUUGUGUGUUCCUUCCUCUGGAUCUUCUCUUUCCUCCUGGUUGGAAUUCCAAACAUUAUGGAAUAUGUAUUUCAAUAUGAAUUUAUCCAGGAUGUCUAUUUACUGGUGACUGUUGUGCUUUCCUUUCCAUUGAUCACAAUCUCUGUUGUGAUCCUGUUUAUCAAAAUAUAUCUUAAACCUAAACAGUUAAAACGGGGAAGACUUUUAAUAAUGAUCUUAAUUACACUUCUCUGUUUCUUCAUUUUUUCUAUUCCUUUAUGGAUCUAUGUGUUCACUACACAUUUUCUUGGCAUGGAUUAUCAGGAUAUAUUUCCUGAUUUGCAUAAUUAUUUUUUUCUGUGUGGUUCUCUUAACAGCAGUGUUAACCCAGUGAUCUACUUUCUGGUUGGGAGAAAAAAACUAGCUCCAUCCUUGGAGAACAUCAGGGUCACUUUUGAAAGUGCCUUCAAAGAAGAUGAAGCUCCUCAAACCAGAUAGAAAUUCACAAACACAGUUCAAACCCUCCAUUAAAAGCACAAUCUUAGCUUGUCUUGCUGGAUAUCUCUUAUGAGGUCAAAAUGUAUCGCUUUGUUAUAGAAAUAAAAUAUAUAGAGGUUUUGAA